GCAGGAUGACGCAAACGCAUGGCUCGUGUCCUGGUUCCGGGACGCAGGCGCAGUGUAGGGGAUCCGGGCAGCGGGAGGGCAAUGCGUUGCGGUCAAGUUGUGUUCUCUGUCUGGCUGAGCAUUCAGCUCAGCCUCUCGCACGGAAUCUACUUUCACAUCGGGGAGACUGAGAAAAAAUGCUUCAUCGAAGAGAUACCCGACGAGACAAUGGUGAUCGGUAAUUACCGGACUCAGCUCUGGGAUAAGCAGUCAGAAUCUUUUCUGCCCUCAACUCCAGGGUUGGGGAUGCACGUGGAAGUACGGGAUCCCGACUUCAAGGUUAUCCUUUCCCGACAGUAUGGCUCGGAGGGCCGAUUUACCUUCACAUCACACACUCCUGGUGAACAUCAAAUCUGUCUGCACUCCAACUCCACAAAGAUGUCAUUGUUUGCAGGGGGCAAGCUGCGAGUUCACCUUGACAUCCAAGUGGGGGAACAUGCCAACAACUACCCAGAAAUUGCUGCAAAGGAUAAGCUGACUGAAUUGCAGCUCCGAGUCCGGCAGCUGUUGGACCAAGUUGAGCAAAUUCAGAAAGAACAAAACUACCAGAGGUACAGAGAAGAGCGAUUUCGGCAGACAAGUGAAAGCACAAACCAACGAGUCCUGUGGUGGUCGAUUGCGCAGACAAUUAUCCUGAUCCUAACUGGAAUCUGGCAAAUGAAACACCUGAAAAGCUUCUUUGAGGCGAAGAAACUGGUGUAGACACCUGUCACCUGCUGUCAUUGCAAGGACGUGGCAACAAACUCAACCUUCCAUCCUCAGUGACUCGCUAUUUAAUGUAACUUUACAUUUGUUGUACUUGAAGCUGUUCUAGAAAUCGAAGGGGUGAUGUUUGAUUCUGUAUCUUCUAAUUAUGGUAACUUGAGUGAGGCUAUCAUGGAACAGUUCAUGCAGGAAUCUCUGAUAUAUUUGAAAAAAAAUGUGUUGCUUUAUAAAUUAACUGGUCAUUGUUGAUUGAAGGUGGGAGCUGUUCCCUACUUAUCAUGUGUUUCAGAUUUGUGAAAAGUCUCAGCAAAUACUUGCGAAUAACUUGAUUUCAAAGGGUUCUUUCCUGACUUUGUCUAUUUGUCUAUUUGUGAGAACCCAAACAAUGUUAUCCCAUCCAGCUCAUAAAUUUUAUUUGCUGGGAGUCUGGCUAACUUCUUAUCAUUUCUUACAAACCAACAAAACUGCUGAAGCAAACAUGACAUCAAUACAUAAAUGUAUUGAUGAAUUUAUAUUGAAGGGAAGAAUUUUUUUGCAGCCAUUUUGUGAAAGGUAACCCUUGAACCCAGAUUUGUUUGUGGAAUUGUAGAACUCUAAUCCUCCUCUAUCGAUGAUUCCUGGUCUUUCUUUCUGAGGAGAAUGGUAUGGUGAAGGUUUGGAAUCACUCAUGAUGUGCUCUGCUUUCUUUGGGAACUGGUUGUUUUGUAUGUAUGUUGAGUGAUGCGGGAUAUGGAAGGGAAUCCAUAAGGUAUCUUCUCUUACUUGAAGUGAGCUUUCUUGUAUUAAUAAAAGGGCCUGUUUAGUUUAUGCACUGAUAUGAAAGCAAAGCAAAAGGAUUUGACUUUAACUCCCAUGUGUAUAUUGUGGGGUGUGGGGAUAUGGAAGGCUGGAGCUUCGUAUGCAAUUAACAUGAAGCGAAUGGUUUACCAGUCAGACCUCCACAGUCCUUUGAGAUUUUAAUUCCUGAAGCUCAACUGCACAGGCCAUGACUGUUUCAUUGGAAUUGGGCAGGAGAGUUAAAUGGCGGUAGGCAGGAGGUUGCCACUUGGGAUCCAAACUGAUGGUGCCCUACAAUGAGAUUGCAAGUUGGGUCGAAUGGGGAUGGUUUGGUGUGGUUUAAUGGCCAGUAUACAUGAAGAAACAAGGUUCUCGUGGUGCAGUGGUAUCCCUGGGUUCAAGUCCCCGCUUCUCCAGAGGUGUGUAAAUUCUGAUGUCUCUGAACCAGUUGAUUAGAUAGAAAAUAUCUUGAGUGCUGAAAGUGGAUGUUAGGGAGAAGACAACAAUAGUACCUCCAAAGACCUCUUCUGGCCACAACUUCUCAUCUGAGCUUGCCACAUUUUCUUUACCCAGUCUCUGGAUUAAAAUCGCAUUUAUACCAUGUGACAUCACCACUCUGCCCAUUUGAAAAAAGUGAUGCAGUUGCUAUCUGCUGAGUGUUCAAACCAUGAGGAAAGCAGUUGGGUCACUGCAGGUUGGUGGCUGUGGCCAAUUUGAACUGCUUGUAGGCUCGGAUUCCACCAGACAUACUAGAUUAUCUUUGAACCUUUAUGUUAAUUGCCUUAAUUGUAUUUACUCAGAGCUAACUUGUGAACAGCACUGGUCAACAAUUUCUCUGAAUUCAGUGAUUUGCCAACAGCCCCUCUUCAACACUUGCUGUGUGCUGUUUCCUGUCUUAUCACAAAUAUUGUAAAAUGGAGCUUUCAUAUUAAUGUUAUGUGAUAUAUUGUGGUAAGAAUGUGUGAUGUUCAGCAGAAUCAUUGCUGUAAGGACAGAAGAAACUGCUGCACUGCAAAUAUAUUCAGGUGUCUGUCUCCUGAGAAAUUGCUGCUGGUUUUAUUCAGUUUUAGUUAGUCCCAUUCCUCCUGUACCCCUACAUUGUUACCCUUUUGACACAAACUGUUGCAUCAUUGGAAUAGGGAAUUAACAUUUAAAAUAAAUUUCUUCAAAUAAUGUUGUUUUGAAACAAA